UCCUGCCUCCUCUGGGGCGACUGCGGAAGCGGCCUGUGGGUCGGCGUUUGCCGGGGCUGGGAGAGGUGGUGGUGUUCACGCUCACAGCUGCUUCGGUCUGGAAAGAUGCCGGGUCUGGCGGCCGCGAGCCCUGCCCCGUCUGCGACGCAGGAGAAGAAGCCGCUGAAACCGUGCUGCGCCUGUCCGGAGACCAAGAAGGCGCGCGAUGCGUGCAUCAUUGAGAAAGGAGAAGAACACUGUGGACAUCUAAUUGAGGCCCACAAGGAGUGCAUGAGAGCUCUGGGGUUUAAGAUAUAAAAUGGUGGCCUGCUCUGUGAAUGAAUAACCCCAGAAGAAUGAAGAUUAAAUCAUUUUGGGAGCUGUUCUGUGAACUUUGAUAAAUGAAUAGAGUAUUUAUAAUUUAUUAAA